GUCAUAUCCUUGGUAACGUGGUAAGCAGCAGAGAGCAGGAGAAUGUGGUAGAACCAUAUGAUAUGUUUUUAUGAUUCAACUCUUCAUUAUUUCUUCUUCCUUAUUGGAUCUUUCAUAUUCCUUCUCGUGAUUACAACAACUAAACCAAACACUCAAAUCUCAAUGUUAUUUGAAAUUAAAUACAAGAAGCGAUAAAUUAAUAGAUAGGGAAACAAAUAUCUGAAAAAAUGGACGGUGAGAUGAUGGAUACGGAGGAGGCGUCAAGCUCCGGCCAAAACGACGCCGUUCGCGAUUUACUCACAUUGGCUCGACAACUCAUCAAUCAGGGGAAACCUUCUCAAGCCCUUCAAGCGGUGGUUGUAGCAAUGAAGAAUAAAGGUGGGGAUGAAGCUGUAUUUCAGACCUUGCAUCGUGCCCGCGAGCUGUAUAGAAGUAAACUGCAACAGAAUGCUGCAGUUGAUCAGCUGGCAUCUUUGUUUGCCGAGUGUGCCAUUGCUGAAGUUCAGCCUGUAAUGAAUGAACCAUCUGCAACUAACAACAUUAUUGGCAACCCAUCAGCUACCUUAGAUGCACAAGGGACAUCCAUACUGGCAGAAAGUGGCAGGAUGCAAGUAGUAUUAGAUGCAGUUGCUGAUGGAAGCAGCUUCAUCUGUUUGAAAUGUGGAGGCCUUGUCAGUAAUCAUCGCAAAGAAGAGCACUAUGCAUACUGGUGUUGUUAAUCUCAAUGCUUCAAUAUAAGGUUGCAUAUCUGCUAUGGGGAUGCUUUUGUAUUUCCAUGCAUCCACAAGGUGAAGUGAUUACUGCCUUACUAUACCUUGGUCCUUUGAAAAUUGAUACUGUGGUCAUAGUGGAGUUAAUUAUCAAACUUGGUCAGUCUCCUUUGAAGACUCCAAUGCUGUAAACCAUAGUGAUUUAGUUACACCAAUGCAGAGAAGUCUAACUAAAGGCGGUGUAUCAUGUCCAUGUUGAUUGACUCUAAUGUUAAGAUUGGAGGCAACUGUACCUUUAGUGUAUUUUAAGUUGAUAUAUGUUUUAAUAAGUAAUUACAAAAUUAUAUACUUUACUUGCAAUGGGUUUUUUUGCUUGAGAAUUUGCGGAAAUGGUGAAACUAGUGAAAGUUUUGUUUU